AUGGCCGAGCGGGUCAGGCCCUACAUUGACUUAAUAGACUACCUGAGAUCCAUUGGAAUAGAUCAGGACCUUCCACUGCCAGCCAUUGCUGUGGUGAGAGAGCAGAGUUCAGGAAAGAGCUCUGUGCUUGAGGCCCUAUCCGGAGUGGCACUACCCAGGGGGAAUGGUAUUGUCACCAGGUGUCCACUGGAACUCAGACUCUGUUAUGUCAGCGGAGUGGCGUGGAAGGCUGCCAUCUCAUACAGAGACAAACGUAUUAAUAUUGGUGACCUCUCAGAAGUAGCGGGACACGUUAAAGAAGCCCAGAACGAGUUAGCUGGAGAGGGAGUGGGGAUAUGUGAUGAACUGAUCAGUUUGAAGAUCAUGUCCUCUUCAGUGUGUGACCUGAGUCUGAUAGACUUACCUGGGAUCACCAGGGUACCUGUACAAGGACAACCAGAAGACAUGAGCCCAAAGAUUAAACGUCUCAUUCUGAAAUCAAAACAAAAAAACAUUAACUUGGUGGUGGUGCCAUGCAAUGUUGACAUAGCAACAACAGAAGCUCUGAAAAUGGCCAAAGAAGUGGACCAUGAAGGCACAAGAACUUUAGCCAUUCUGACGAAGCCAGACCUGAUUGACAGGGGAACAGAGAAGGAUGUGUUGGACAUUGUUCGCAAUAAAAUCAUCCCUCUCAAUAUGGGCUACAUCAUUGAGAAAUGUCGUGGUCAGAAACAAAUUAAUGAUGGUGUCACCAUAAAUGAUGCAAUUGAGGAGGAGAGGGACUUCUUCGAAAAUCACGACGAAUUCAGCUCCCUCCUGGAUGAAGAAAGGGUAAGCACCAAGUGCCUAGCCGCUAGACUCACCCAAACCCUGGUCAACCACAUCCAAAAGGCAACCCCAGGGAAAACUGACUGCUCAGUUUAUGACACCAGGAGCAAGUACCCUGAACUCCUCAAUUCAGACUUUGAGAUCGUGGUGCAGCGACUGGCGGACCAGGUGCCCAUGCUGAUCCAUUACUUCAUCCUGAAGGAGUCAGCCAGGAUCCUGUCCAGUGAGAUGUUGGGCCUGCUGAACAGAGAAGACUUGGACGAGAUGCUGAAGGAAGAAUCGGAGAUUGGCCGGAAACGUGAAGCCUUGCGGGAAAAAGUCAAGCGUCUUGGACUGGCCAAUAACAAGAUUAGUAGCCUCUGGGAUCAGAGUGGUUGACAUUGUGAUGUAACCAACAAGGGCUGAAUAACUGUCCCACAAUAAUUUUGCCUGCAAUUAAUCAACAUACAGACUAUU